GAUUCUCUUCCCAUUUACCCCAUAUAUAUACUUCUAAAUUUUUAAAGAAAGUGGGGAAGUUUUGUAAGAAGAAAGAGUAAGACCUUUGAUCAACUUCUUUCUUUGCUUAUAAUUGGGUUUCCACAAUUGUGUUCAUACCUUGAAUUAGAUUAAAUAGAUUAACCCAUCAUUAGUAAGUCUCCUCCCCGCUUUCUUAAUUUCCUAAAUGCUUUUUUUCUUGGUAACAAGCCUCUCCUUCUUGUUCUUUUUAAACUCCCUAUCUUUAAAACCACUUCCUCUUUGGGCUAGUGAUGUGAAACUCUUACCUCUUUGCUUCUUUAAAGAAUUGUCUUUCUCUUUUAAAGCACUAAAAAAAGGGAUCUUUGGUUUAUUUUGUGCAUUCCCUUCUAUGAGUUCUAUCAUGUCAAUAAAACAGGGGAUUUCUACCUUAAAAUUUGAGAAUGCCCAAGAAAAUGAGCCAUUAUCAGUCUUAGAUUUGCCUGAAUUGGCAUUGGAUUGUAUUCUAGAAAAGCUUUCUCCUUCUGGGUUGUGUAGUUUGGCAGCUGUAUGUAGUUCAUUAAGAGAAAGAUGCAUAAGUGAUUAUCUUUGGGAAAGACAUAUGAAACAAAAAUGGGGUAAAAUUUUGAGUCCUGCAGCUUAUAGAGAGUGGCAAUGGUUUAUUGCUUCUAGGCACAAUUCUAGUACUUUGAAAGUGGAUGAAUCAAAAGGGUUCAUCAAAUUUAUUUGUUCUGUAUGGCCUUUUACUUGGUUUGAAUCAAAUAAAAGAGUAAAUAAUAAGGAUUCAAUUACCCCUUUAGUUGAUUCUGUUAUGUCUUUGUAUUUGGCUCUUGAAAGUGGCAAAUUUUCCUUCCCUGCUCAGGUUUACAACCGUGAGAAUGGUCAUGUUGGCUUUAAGUUGUCUUGUUAUGAUGCUGAAAUUAGCUAUGAUCCCCAAACUGACACCUUCCGGGCAAGGUAUCCUCCUCAUGGGAGAAGGGCAGUUGCAAUGGAGACUGGUAUUCAAUGGGAAAGGCUAAGGGCAGCUCCAAUAGAUACUCCCCCACAUGAUCUUCAUACAUCUGAUUGCUUAAAUGAUCUCCACCCUGGAGAUCACAUAGAGAUUCAGUGGAGAAGAAAUAAAGAAUUUCCUUAUGGAUGGUGGUAUGGUGUAGUUGGCCACCUGGAGUCAUGUGAUGGGAAUGAGAAUUACUGCCGAUGUCAUAGCAAUGACACAGUUGUACUCGAGUUUAAUCAGUAUACUCCUGGAUCGCGGUGGAGAAGAACAAUCAUCAGUAGAAAGGAUCACAGAGAAGAAGGAAACGAGAGUGACGGGUUCUAUGGAGGUAUUAGAAAGCUACACAAAAGUGAGGAGAUUGCAACUUGGAAGAGUUUAUGGCCUAGAGAUAUUUUGGAGUAGAGAUAAACACCAUUGAACCAGAUACUGUACUAUAUUUUGUAUAAGCAGUGAGAAUGAGCAGAAAAAAAGGCUUUUUUUUAGCCUCUUCUGCUUUUUUUCACCAAAUUUAAUGUACAAUAGUGAAAAUUAGAAAUCUUUUGUAGUGAUUUGAACCUUAUAAUUACAAUAGUGAUUCAAUCACAAAUCUUACUUCUUUUUUACCGACUUGCUCUAUCAAAAUCUAAUGUGUCAGACCCUUCAGAUCAUGUCUAGGUGAAAGCGCAAAUGAAGUCUAUAUAAUAGUGUUGAGAUGGUCUAUACUACUCAAAUU